CAAGGAUGUAUAUCAAUAGAAAUGUGAAGGAUCCAUACGCUCUGCAAACUCGAGGACCAAAAGUGAGAAGCACCCAACAACCAAAAGCUAUGUGAAGGAUUCCUGAGUGCUGCAAAUAGAAAGCACUUUCAAGGUACAUAUACACGCCAUCAAAUUCAGGCUCUCCCGCCACCGCAAACAGGACGACUGCGCGUCUGAUCUGAAAUAUUUGCCGUCCAGUUUCCGACCAACUGCAAGAAGAAUCGGCGGCAAAUGGCGGCGGCGGCGGCUGCUGCUUCAGUCUUCGUAUCCAUUCAGGACUCAGCUAAUCAGCAGAGCAGGACCGGCGACCGCGACCGCGACCUCGACCGCGACGAGAACAAGAAGGAAGAAAAUUCUUCUCUGCGCGUGGGGAAGACUUGUCAUCAGUGUCGUCAGAAAAUCACAAAUAUUUUUGGAUCAUGCAAGAAUCACAAGAAGGACCGGCCAUGUACUAUGAAAUUUUGUCGUAAAUGCCUCUUUAACAGAUAUGGAGAAAAGGCAGAAGAAAUGGUAGCGUUGGAGGACUGGAGUUGUCCGAAGUGCAGAGGCAUCUGCAAUUGCAGCGUCUGCAUGAAGAAACGUGGCCACCAGCCCACUGGUAUACUGGUGCACACAGCAAAAGCAGAAGGUUUUUCCUCUGUUUCAGAGCUGCUCCAUGUUAAAGGUCCUGAAAGUUUUGGUAGGGCCAAUAUUGUGAAAGCUGUGGAUGGUAACCAAGAAGAUGAUGAAAUUUUGCUGAAGGAGAGUAAUCCCAAAGCCAAAAGGCAAAGAAUUUCUAAGGAAGGGUUAAUAGAGAUCCAAGAUGGCAACCGGGGAACUAGGAGUUCAUUGAAAGAGACUAAAUGCAUUGGUGAAGACAUCUCAUUGCCCGAGGGCACUGAGUUGAUAACUGUAGCUGGCAUUGACCUACCGCCAAGGGAUGUAGGCUAUGGCUUGCAAUUCUUGGAAUUCUGUGCUGCUUUUCAGGAGAUUCUUGUUUUGAAGGAAGGGGAACCUGUAUAUUUGCUUCAAGAGCUAAUACAUGGGGGACGUGGGUGCCAAGGAAAAUAUUCUCCAGUUGUCCAGUUUCACAUCAAGUUACUGUCGCUGAUACUAGAGGACCUGAGUGGCGACUCUUCAAAGAUAACUUCAAAACAUGGCAAGGAUUCUUGGCUGCAUGUUUUACGGAAUUGUAUCUUCAGAUCCCAUUUUGCAUGGGAAAAACUGAAGCUAGAAGGGUUUGGCUGGGAAGCUGAGGAUUAUAGUAGUUUAGACUCCUCAAAAAGGCUUAGGAUCUUGGCUUUUCUAUGCGAUGAAAUUCUUUGCACCAAAAAAAUUAGGAACUGGAUAGAUGAUCAAAAUUCAAAUUUUUUUGAAAAGAUUAAAGCAGCAAAAGAAAGAGUUCGUGCUGCAAAACAUAAGGAGGAAGAAUUGAAGCAAAAGAUGCAGGACGAGGUGUGCAAAGCUAUCAUUUCACAUAAUGGUGCUCCUCUUUCAGUUGCUGAGAAUGAAGCUUCUGUUUCACGCUUUAAAAUUGAAGCAGCUCAAGCUCAUGCUGAAUUGCUGGAGUUGAAAGAUAUGGUACCUAAUGAGGACGAAAGAUCUGAUUCUCUUAGGACAGAACCAAUCCUUUUGGGCAUUGCGGGGCACAAAUAUUGGAAAUUAAAAGGAAGUUCUGACAAUCCUACUAUUCUCCUCCAAGAUGUGAGAACCAAGGACUCGGAUGAGUCUGGUGACAAGUGGUUCACCUUUGACGUCGAGCAGGAAAAAGAGAUUCAAAAAUCCAUUUCUUCUUUAAGGAAAAGAAGGUCUGGAAAGAAUUCCUGAUGGACCUAUCUUCUAAAAUUAGCAAAGCGGCCUAAUUUAAUUAAUCUGCUGCCAUUUAGUCAAUGCAAUUAAGCAGGUGGGAUUGAAGAUGAUCGAUGGAUUCUGAUUGCAAAUCUGUUCUAAAUUGCUCGAGGCUCCAAGCUCCGAAUAAAAAAUAAAAAACUUACUGAAAAAGCUGAUAUAUUUUGAUGAUUGGACUCUCUAAAUCCUGCUAUACCUUUAUGAACCUUAUUUGUUUUGACGGUUGAAUUGUGUAAAUAUUAAGUUGUUACUGAAUUUGAUAUAUUGUAAAUUGUAAUUCAUAUAAUUUUUUUCUGAAGAGAAUUGGAGAUAAUAUUUGGACACUCACUUGUGACAUUUUUGAGUAGUAUAUUAAUACAUAAAUAUUACAAGUGAGUGUCAAAAUUGCGUGUCCCUCUUUUCUAAUUCACAAGUCU